CUACCCCAACUUAAAGAGUUGUUCUUGUCCCACAACGAUAUAAUUAAUAUUCAGACAGGCACAUUUGCAAAUCUUCCUCAACUCAAAGUGCUGUCCUUGUCCUACAACCAGAUAACAAUGAUCCAUCCUGGUGCAUUCGUAAAUCUAACCCAGUUACAAGAAUUGAACCUCUCAAGAAACAACAUAACAAAGAUUCAGCCUGGAGCAUUUGUAAAUCUACCCCUAUUACAAAACUUAAAACUGACAAAGAACCGGAUAACAAUGAUUCAGGAAGGUACAUUUGCAGAUCUAGUCCAACUCAAAGAGCUGAGGCUAAAACAAAAUCAAAUAACAAUGAUUCAACCCAGUUUAUUUUCAAAUCUAUCCCAGCUCAAAAGUCUUGUUCUCUCCUACAACCCAAUAAGAGAAUUUCAUCCUGUUUUAUUUGCAAAUCUAACCCGGAUAGCAGCGUUGUUGCUGCACAAUAACCAAAUAACAAUGAUUCAGGCUGGUCUGUUUGUAAAUCUAACACAACUAGAACACGUGAACCUGUCCUACAACCAGAUUACAAUUAUUCUGCCUGGUACAUUCGCCAAUUUACCCCGGCUAUUUGCUCUGGAACUGAACAACAACCAAAUAUCUAUCAUUCAGUCCGGUUCAUUUGCAAAUCUGUCCCGGCUACAACUUUUGGAUCUAUCAUUGGAAACAUUAUGUUUAGACAUAAAAAGCUUUUCUAACAUCCCUGGUUUAGUACCAAGUUUCGAUAAGUGUUUCAUCUUAAGAUUGGUACCACUAAAGUAG